UGAGAACCCCUUCAACUACGUGCAUUAAUGUCGUCCUCCGUAUUUGACACUAUAAAGGCUACUAAUACUCUUUGCUAAUCUGUUAACUCAGAAAACAUAUCCUUUCUUUCUUCUACCAGUAUUUGUUUCCUCUUAUUCUAGAAAAGAAGAUGGGGAAGCUUUCUAAGUACUGUGGUGUGUUUGGUGUGAUGUUGGUAUUGUUAGUGAUAGCUGUAGGGACAACGGAAUGUAGGAAAAUUGAAAAAGAUACAUUUUUUGAUGGCAUAGGAGGUGGAGGAGGCGUUGGGGGUGGUGGAGGAGGGGGAGUUGGAGGAGGUGGUGGUGCUGGGGGAGGAGUUGGAGUUGGUGUUGGUGGGGGUGGGGGUGCAGGUGCAGGUGGUGGCAUUGGAGGUGGAGGUGGUGCUGGCGGGGGUGCGGGUGGAGGCAUUGGAGGUGGGUCUGGUGGUGGUGUAGGAAUUGGAGGUGGAGCUGGUGGGGGUGCAGGUGGUGGCAUCGGAGGUGGAGGUGGUGCUGGUGGUGGUGCAGGUGGAGGCAUCGGAGGUGGAGGUGGUGCUGGUGGUGGUGCAGGUGGAGGCAUUGGAGGUGGGUCUGGUGGUGGUGUAGGAAUUGGAGGAGGAGUUGGUGGGGGUGCAGGUGGUGGCAUCGGAGGUGGAGGUGGUGCUGGCGGGGGUGCAGGUGGAGGCAUUGGAGGUGGGUCUGGUGGUGGUGUUGGUGGGGGUGCAGGUGGUGGCAUUGGAGGUGGUGGUGGUGCUGGAGGGGGUAUUGGCGGUGGAUUUUAAACCAAAAGUUUAAAUCUUGGAAUGUAAUGUAAUGUAGUACCGUGCUAGUGCAUGGAUGUUGCUUAUUAAAAGUUAAAACAAUUGAAAUAAAUUGAAGAGCAAGAGCUUUCUCAAUAGCU